GGAAGACACUGCUGUCUUGUUUUGACGUCUUCGUUUGUGAAGACAGUAAGGCAGGCUAGCCACAAUGUCUGUGAUGCAAAUACCCGGUGUAGUCUAUGUGAUUGUACAGAGUGAGGGCCUGUAAUCAUGAUCCUCGCCGGAGAUCAACACAAUGACAUCCAUCGCCAAGUGGUCCAGUGUGGCGCUCUUUUUAUUCCUCUUCCUUCUGGUUCUACCUGUCAACUGGUCUUUUCCUCUGAGGGACCUCGAGUCGACAAAGAACCGAACCAGAAAUCUGGAUCAGCAACAACCGCUGCUAUGCUGGGUGGUUCAGAUACGUACCUCCUGUGCCCCCCAGGCAACCAAAUUCUGGGGGGAUGCUACGAACAGUGGAGGGGAAGACGAACAUGUGGCAAGAGAUGAGAAUGAUGUGAAAGUCUGUUCUGCAUGCAAAUAUGGUGAUGUUUGUACAAAAACUUGGUACCAGCAUGCUUCAGCUCUGGCUACUGAGAUGCGUCUUGUGGUCAUUCAUUCUUUCAAGCAUUUUCCUGACCACUUUCUUAUGUGCCACUCACUAUCCACGGAGAUGCUGGCUGCGUGUAAGACUGAAGAAAUUCCUACAUUCGUAGAAAACAUCGAGAACUCUCCACAUUCGCCCUCCCGCUCUCUGCAUCUCAUUCAGCAACAACAUUCUCGUAUGAGGCUAAAAGAUGCGCAAUCUUUUCACGUCACUCGUUCCGGAGUGGAGCAACAGCUGAUGGAACACGAAGAGGUUGUGUGGUUUAGUGGCGAGUCCGCACAUUUGAGAGUUUCUCGACCAGGAGGUGCAGUGACUGUAGCGCCACCUACAUUCCAUUCUGCAAAUAGAGGCGAUGAUGACUUGUUUGUACAUAACAAAGACAGAUUUAGUCUGAAUGAAGAGCCUGUGGUUGAUGGUUUAUCUAGUGUAAACAACACCACUGUGCUAAAGUUUUUAACACCUAAUAGAUUUUUGCGGAAAAUGCCGCAAAGCACAUACGCUGCAAGGAAAAGCAAACACAAAUGGAAAAGUUUUAAAGACUUCGAAACAUUUGAGCCUGAGUCUUCAGAAGUUGUAAACGACGGUUCUAAAUUCCCCCCAGCCAUAAAUGCAACAAGUAGUGCCAUAACCUCCGACCCUUGGAGAUCUGAACGUGGUGAUGAUUCCCAUAAUUUGCCGUUACGUGCGCACAAAAAACAAGAGUGGAAGGACAGGCUUGUGAAGGAGAUGAGGAUUGUGGGGAGGGGUAAAGAGAUAAGGAUUGUAGGGCGGGGUUUAGAGACGAGGAAUGCGGGGAGGGGUAAAGAGAUGAUGAUGAGCGAAGCCUUAACCGAUCAGAAAUCGGGCCACGAGAGGGUGAAAAGGAGUUCUGGUCGACCGCUGUCUUUCAACGAUCCGGCGUAUCCUCAACAGUGGCACCUGCACAACAUCCGUCAGCCCGGCAUGGACAUCAAUGUGACGGGCGUGUGGGAUCACGGCUUCACAGGUCGCGGGGUCACGGUCGCUGUGGUGGAUGAUGGGAUUGAGUGGAGGAAUCCCGACCUUAAGCAAAACUACAACUACAAAGCCAGCUGGGAUCUGAACGACGAUGACCCAGAUCCGACGCCCCGAUCUGCCAAAGUGUCCAAUCAUCACGGAACACGGUGCGCCGGCGAGAUCGCCGCUGUCGCCAACAACAACGUGUGUGCAGUUGGCGUAGCGUAUGAAUCAGGGAUUUCUGGCGUGCGUGUGCUGGACGGUGUGCUGACCGACAGUAUGGAGGCGCAGGCUUUCAACACCAAGAUGGACAUCAACGACAUCUACAGCUGCAGCUGGGGCCCCGACGACGACGGCCGCACGGUGGACGGCCCACACAUCAUGGCGGCCAAAGCCAUGAAGCACGGCAUUGACUUUGGUCGCAACGGCUACGGCAGUAUAUUCGUGGUGGCCAGCGGCAACGGAGGGGUCAACAAGGACAAUUGUAACUUCGAUGGGUACGCCAAUUCUAUCUACACCGUGACUAUAGGCGCUGUCGACGAGGAAGGGGGGAUGCCAUACUAUGCGGAGGAGUGCGCUUCCAUGCUAGGGGUGACCUUCAGCAGCGGCACGGUCAGCAAAAGAGACAUAGUGACCACGGACUGGACGCAGGUCGGGGGUCACGGCUGCACGAGCCGGCACACGGGCACGAGCGCGGCUGCCCCGCUCGCAGCGGCCAUGAUUGCGCUGAUGCUGCAGGCGCGGCCGUGCCUGUCGUGGCGUGACGUGCAGUACAUCAUGAUCCUCACCGCCUACAAGAUCGACGUGGACAUCGCCCACUGGCAGAAGAAUGGUGCCGGCCUCGAGCACAGCCACAAGCACGGCUUCGGACUGCUCAGCGCCUGGCGACUCGUCAACGCGGCGCGCGUGUGGGAGAGCGUCCCCUGGGCCACGUCCUACGCACACACCGAGACGCCGCAGAGGUUGGAUAUUCCAAAGGGCGCAUCGAAUCCACUGAGGAUAUCCCACGUCGUCUCGGAGAGCGAUAUCCGAGGUUUGAGCAUGUUCACGCUGGAGAACGCUCAGCUGACGGUGUGGCUGUCACAUCCGUGCCGAGGAAAGCUGGGAGUCAAGCUGAUCAGUCCGUCUGGAACUGUCUCCGUCCUCGCCACUCCCAGGCCCAAGGACAAUUCAUCUGCUGGUUUUGACGACUGGACGUUCACGACGGUACGGUGCUGGGGAGAGAAACCGACUGGCACCUGGACAAUCGUCUUCAUAGAUCAUGACAACGGAAAAUACGGCGGUGGCUGGCUGGUCAAGUGGAGACUUAUCCUGUUUGGGACCCCGCUGACCCCCGAAGAGUUUGCAGAACGGCGGCGGCGCAUCGAGACGGCCAUGAGUGGAGACUUCCUGAACGCUAACCACAGCCGGCCGUGCCCCCCUGCACCUCACGUUGCGGAGAAGUACAGCCCGGUCUCUCAGCGGACGUUGAAGAUAUUGAUCCUGCUGGGAAGUUUCUGCCUGGUGAUCGGAGUCUACGAGACCAUUGAGUACCUGCUGUGUUACAACGAGGAGAAGAAGGAGCAUGCCAAGAAGAUGGGGCUGACCCAGCGCGCGUUGCAGUCCGUCGACACGUCCAACUCGCACAGAAACGGAGAUGCGGGUGGGGACCGGACGCCGCUGGUAGGGGGGAACGCCGAAACGUCCACGGACGUCGAAGCAGAUUGGAGAAUGGCUGUCGGGGAUGAUGACGACGGAGACGACGAGAUUUUCAAUGCUUCGGAGACGUCGCAGCUGCUGCGGGCGGAACCUUCUUCCAGAGGGGGGAGCGGCGGCGGGGGUCACCACCACCGCCGCGUCCCCGAAGUCAUCCCUCUCGCCACGUUCAGUCUCACCUCGGGGGAGGCGAAUCACUCAGAACUCGUUGUUCAUCCUAGCCCGAGGUCUCCGCUACUACUGUCAUCCUCAGAUGGUGUAGAUGCUCCCGGGAGCGGUCAAGCGGCCAGGCCUGUGAUGGACGUUGUUGCGACUACAAACGAUUUGUUGUCUGACCGACGGGGCUAGGGGUUGACCGGUGGAAAAUGAAACUGAGAUUGCUCUCCAAAGAAUGGUCUAUAACCCUGUCCCUACGUCGUGUUUUACUAUCAUAUCCCUACGACGUGGGGAACUCUGUGCUACCACUAUCAAAGAGCAAAUUUACUCGUUAAUCCGAUUCGCACGCUUUGCCUAGCAGUCUGUCAGGAUGAGUUUUUGAGAAAUCUCAAAGUUUAAAAGAGAUCUUCAUACUAGAGGUCUUCUAAAAUGUGAAGAAUACAACCCAGGGGUACAAAAUGACCCCAGCGCGUACAGAUAGGGAUAAUUAGCUAAACUUUCCUGCCAAUUUCUGAGAAUGUUCUAAAAAAGGAAACUUCCAAACUCUAAAUAGUGAAACUUCCAAGCCAAUGUCAGAGAAUGUUCUAAAUAGUGAAACUUCCAAACCAAUAUCAGAGAAUGUUUUAAAUAAGGAAACUUCAUGCCAAUUUCAGAGAUGGUUCUAAAUGGCGAAAUUUUCUACUCCAAUAUCAGAGAAUGUUUUAAAUAAGGAAAUUUCCACACCAGUAUUAGAAAAUGUUCUAAAUAGUGAAACUUCUAAGUCAGUAUCUGACGCUGUUCUUUACCACGAAACUUCCAAGCAAAUAUUUCGUGUUACUUACUCACUUAAGAACUUUUGGCUCAACUCACUACUUACAAUACAUAGAUAAACAAUCUGUAUUAUUAUUACCCCAGCAGACCUGAUAACAUUCUGAAACAAUGUCAACUCCCUGGAAAGCGUACACUGCAAGCUGCCAUUUUAUAGUGGUGCUAAGUCACUAGCUUGUGUUCAGAGCAAUGGUUAUGUUUCAUUUUCAUCCUGUUGACCUCCAUAUUAUGACCUUUGACCUGAACUGAACUGUCCACCGGCAAAUCCUCCUCUCAGGUAUUUCUAAUGCUCAUUCCAGAUUUCUCUACCCCUCCCCCCUCCCCCCAUCCCCAUUCCCUGUGUGCAGAAAUCCAAAAUGCAAAAAAAGUGUUGUGUGAAAAGUGCAAUUUUUAAAGGUUUGCAUUUUGUAUGCUUUGAAUGUCGGAGAGUACAGUUGAGUCUGCUUAAGCCGCAAAAACAGCGGUAAACCCGAAA